AUGAGGGCUAAGACUUCCUCGAUUUACGUAAGCCCAAUCCGAAGGUGGAGGGGGGAGGGGUGCACUCCUCGAGUAGGGUAUCCUUGGGAGGACUGGGAGGGAAGGGGAACCUCUAUAAAGGACUCAGGACCAACGCCCUCUUCGCAGGACUUAGUUUUGUCACCUAGUGUCAUGAAAAUACAAGUGUGCUUAGCGUUUCUGUUGGUGGCCUCAGCCCUAGCUGAGGAGGCCGCAGCCCCCGCCGAGAAGACCAACAAGCAGGAGAAGAGAGGCAUCGUCGGCUACGGCAUUGGCUACGACGACGACUACUUUGACCAUGAUGUGCCGUCCUUCCACCACGAAGGAGUAGCCAUAUCCUCCCACGGCUCUCACAUCGCUGUCACCCCAGCUCCAGCCAUCCACUCAGCCUCCAUUGCUGUCACUGCUGCUCCAGUCGUCCAUUCUGCUCCAGUAGCCGUUACUGCUGCUCCAGUCGUACAUGCCUCUCCAGUCUCUGUGACCGCCGCUCCACUGCUUCAUUCCGGCUCUGUCCACGUCACUGCCUCUCCUUCGUACUUGGAUUCUCCUAUCCAUGUCACGGCCGCUCCAGUUGCCAGACUUCACUCCCCUGGCCCAAUCCUCUCCGCAGGUCCAGUAUCUGUCACCGCUAGGCCCUACCUGUCUGCAGGCCACGGUGCCGGUGCAGUCUUUGCUUCCCGUUACGCCGCCGCCGCUCCACUCGCAGGAUCCGUAGCCCUCGCCCCGGCCCCAAGAUCCUACGUGUCCGAAGGAAAAAUCACGGCCAUCACCAUCCACCGUGAGGUGCCAGUCCCGUACCCAGUACCACAGCCCUACCCAGUCCACAUCGAGAAGAAGGUGCCAGUGCCCGUGAGGGUUGAGGUCCCCGUCGACCGCCCAGUCCCCUACCCAGUACCUCAGCCCUACCCAGUCCAUGUCGACAGGCCAGUGCACGUCCCUGUUCCUCAGCCUUACCCAGUCCACGUUGACCGCCCAGUGCCAGUGCCAGUCGAUCGUCAUGUACCAGUUGCUGUACCUCACCCAGUUCCUGUCACCGUCGAACGUCACGUGCCAGUCGCCGUGCCACAGCCCUACAUCGUCAAGGAACCAGUAUACGUCAAGGAACACCCUACCUACUACCUGAAGGAACACAACUACCUUCAUCACUAAGUCUUCCUUUACAUUAGGCUCCCCUCCAUCCACAAUAACAAGAGACAUUUACUGUACUCGUGCACCUUCACUGCCUUCCAGAUGCUGGAAGAGAAACAAGAUUUGUUUCCGGUGCUAAAAUAAAUACAAUCGAAACAGCCCUGUCCGUGUAAUAAUGGAGGUCAUGUUACCUGAGUUAUGUAAAUCGUGAAAUAUGUACGACCUCGUAAUGUUACCAAUUCAUUAUUAAAUAAAAUUGAAAACAGUGAAAUAUUAUCUUUUAGAAAAUAGAAAACAGUGACAUAUUAUAUUUUAGAAAAAUGAUUUAUAUAAAAUAUUUUGUAAAUAAAUUUUGUAUCCUAAUUUUUAAUGAAUGAUAAAAAUCCUUUCUCUUGCAUCCUUGCAACUUUAUAAUAAAAUAUUCACAUACCUGUUAUUAACAUAACAUAAAUUGUGUGUAAUAUAAAAUAAAUUGAUAACAGAAAUAGCUUUCUAAAGUGA